AUGUAUACUAACGCAGCUACCACUUCUGAUGCAGAUCAAGAGGCAUCCCAAUACAUUGGUUAUGAUGAACGAGAAAAUCCAUCAUAUUACGGGUUUUUAACCUUCCACCGCGACGUCGUUAUCACUUCAGUGUUUUCACAAAGAUGGCGUGACCUCGACAAUUAUUGGGCUGAUAACUUUUUGAAAGAGGCAAAAAAAUUGUUUUUAGAUCGAAAAAUUUAUUUAAAAUUGAAGAAAAAGGAGGAAUCGGUUAUGUACCUUCCCUUGUUACUAAAUAAAAAUCGUACUUUAACGUCAUUAUUAUUCUCACAACAGGUAGAAUCGGAUCGUAAUCGAGGCAGUUUACCGAAGUAUUGGAAAAACAUAAUCCGAGAACGCGAAAAAGAAAAUCGUUCUGCAUCCAAUAAACUCAAGGAAAAAAGCAAAAAGAGAAAGCGAACAGUCAAGACUGAGUUUGAGCUUUUAACCACAACACCCCCGCCAAUAUAUUACCCUGACUUAGACAAAAGCACCACCACUACUAAAUCAUCUACCGCUCGAACCCCAUCACCUGUAAAGCUUUGGGACUCAUUUCUUGAAGAAGCCAAUUUGUACCAAUUUGAUGACAAUAUCAAGAAAUAUCCACGUCCAACUUUUAAAAGUUAUAAUAAACCAUAUGACAUUUCAAAUGAAGAAGAUGUAAGAGGAGCUUUAAAGAACAAUAUAUUUGAUAAUAUUCACAUAAUUACGACUUCAAGACAGCCAAUAGAGGUGUUUAAGCGAAUUUCAAAGGAUGAUAAUGUUAUCGGAGAACCUGAUUUCAUUUACGGUCGAAUUGGAAAAUUACUGUUACCAAUUGAGGUUAAGACCUUCUGGAUACUAUAUUUAGAAGGUAAUGAAUCACUUCAUGAGAGAUACGAAGAGGACUUGAAGAGGGAAAGAAGUGAAACAAUACCUCUAGGCUCCAGUUGUAAAGUUUCUGUUGUGGACAUUAUUCGGCAAAUUUUUGGGUACCUAGUUGCUAAUCGAUUGCAAUAUGGUAUCCUUACCACUUACAAUCAACAUUGGUUCCUUAAAAGACCUAAAAAUGAACCACGCGCCCUCUAUAUCUCUCCUACAAUAGAAAUAGAAUCGAAAAAUCCAGCAAUUUUUCAAUGCUACGCUUAUAUACAAUAUCUGUCCAGAAUAGGUUCUAAAAGUCCUAGCCCAGGAGCAACACCACCAUCAUCACCAAGAUUUGAUUACUAUGAAAGUUCAGAUGAUAUUACUUCGGGUUCGGACUAUGAGGAAACUAUAAAGACUAAAUUAAAACGAAAACGAGGGAACAAUUCGACUAAAAAAGAUUGA